AUGUCCGGAGAAGACGAAGAAAAACUCUUCCUUGAAUUGGUUGAUUUCAUUUCGCCAACGGCUCUAUUGACUGUAAGAAGAGCUGCUCUUGAAUACAUCACUGGUGUAAGUGCUUCCCUAGAUGGGUCAGCAGGGCAAUUCUUUUCGCGGUCGGAUUUUGCAAUGGCUAAAGCAAUCUGUAAUCUAUGCGAAGCAACAGCCUCGGAUCGCACACAGACUCUCGCAGCUCUCACUAAUUUCACGUCGGGUUCCGCUGAAGCUGCAAAUUUUGUGUUGACUAAAACAAAAUGCAUUGAACUGUCGUACACGGCAACAGUGACAAAUGUUGUGUAUGCAUCAGUCGCUUCUCGACUCCUCGCUAAUGUUUCUCGUCAUUUUCCUGACCGGUUUGAUGAGAAACUACGAAAAUUUAACGAAGAUUAUACAUUUGCAUUGCUUAAUGAGAUCAAAAAAAGUGUUGAGUCGGAUGAUGAGGAGCGUGCAAAGUUUAUCGGAUUCAUCAUUGUCAACUUGACUGUUCUUCCAUUGGUUCGUGAGCGAUUUGUCAAAGGAAAUUCGAAACUCCUUCCGAUCGUUUAUGAACUUCUACUUAACGCAAAAACUAAAGAGAUUCGGGAGUGCGCGGCAGAUAUUCUACGCAAUUUGGCUUUUGAUGAUGGCUUACACGUGCAGCUCCUUGACACCAAUGAUGAUUAUCUUGUGGCGGUUCUCGCGCCAUUGAUGGAUGUUAAUGAUAAUUUGGACGAGGAAGAGAUCGCCAAGCUGCCUCUCAGAUUGCAGUAUUAUGAAAAAUCGAGAGACGAAAAUCCUACUGUGCGGCAGAAAUUGAUCGAGGCACUUUUUCAGCUCUGUGCGACUAAGCAUGGUCGUCAGGUUCUACGCGCGAAAGGAGUUUACGCGGCGAUGCGCGAGCUCGACAAGUCUGGCGAAACGGAAUCCGGUGAGGAAUCGGAACGCGCGAAAACGCUGCUAAGCUCUCAGCAGGAGCAUACACUUCAUGCGCUCAUUGGCAUUCUGAUCAGGUACGAGUCCGAAAUGGACGUCGACCCGAGCCUUGAAACGAUUCGCCAUCUUGGAGCGGAGUAA